AUGAUGGUUAGAUCACUACUGCCGUCCUUUCGCCCCUCCUGCAUGAUGCUACUAACGCUGCUUCUGAUGGUGUUGGCCAUGACAGACGGUUUCUUAUUAUCACCGGGCAGCAUUGGUUCUUCUCAUCGUGGUUGCCACCCCAGCACUCGUCUCCAGGGCAACAGCAAUAACUUUUUCCAACAAAAGCCAGGAGAGUCCGAUAUGGAAUUCUUCAAGCGAAUACAAACUGCUGCCGCGGAUUCGGAAUCCUUUGAGAGAAUGGUGCUAGGAGAUAAUAGUGAGAAAAAGACAACGACAAACAACAGUACGUCGACAGAACAACAAUAUGAAAACAACAACAACAACGGAAAGAAAAAGGGCUACCAACGAGCAGAAGACUGGGACGCCGAGAUGAAAGCGAAACAAAAAAAGGGAGAAUUCACAUGGGAAGAACGAGUGCAAUUCGAAGGACAACGGUUUGGCGAUCAAGUCAACCAAAACGACAUUCUGAAAAAGAAUUUGAACGGCUUUUAG